CUCAAAUAUUUAACAGUUUUUAGUUCAUUAUUAGUCAAAGCAAGGUCACUGACAGCGAGUGGCGCUUGUUGUAACCAUAGCAACAGAGGUGGCACAACACUACUCUCCAGGAUUGGUUAGGAAAGGAACGAAAAUGAAGAUUGCGUCCUUUUAUUUGCCAAUCGUUUGCAUUGCGCAGGACAAGCUCGUUAACUCUGGAUUCCUGAAAGACGAUAAUUAAUGGAUCGACAUUUAGAUGACUUUACAUUUGACCACAAAUGGAAAAAAAUAAGGACCCAUUGAGGAAACACCAGUAAUCUAUAAAAAUGUCCAACCUGAGCCCUAAGGUGAGACCAGGAAACAAAGUCCCCCUCAAACCUGCAGGAACUCCCAGCAGGGCGUCAAGCGAUCUCAGGAGGCUCCAGUCCCUGCUUGCAAAAAACAGCCCCAGACAGGAGGUGCAAGACCUGAGUCAUGGUGAAGGCGGCAGCAGCAAGGCCGUCAGGUCCACACCUUCUCCAAAACCCAGCAGUAGAAGAGUCCGGACUGAGAGAAGCAUCAGCAGCGAAGCAGCUGAACUGGAAAGAUUCAGCAUAACCUACAAAGACCAAAGAUGCUUCAGCAGCCACCCUCUGGAUAAACUGUUCUCUGGCAUUCUCACUUCUUUGAUCAAGAAUCGACUCUGCAGUGAGUGGAUUGAUGGAGCGCCGCCUGAGUCCGUCUUUCGAGUUCUCGUCUGUCUGCGGUUGUUGAUCAGAGAUCCAAACUAUCAGAUUAUUCUUCAUCAGCUCCAUGGCAUUGAUUUACUAGCCAGGUAUAUGGAGUCCGUCGCUGCUCGGUAUUUGUCUUGUGGAGAGCAGGGGUUGGAAUCUCACAGUCUUGUCACGAUGACCUAUAUUUUCCAGAAGCUGUCCGCCGUGGAGAAUCAAAGGCUGUGGGUGAUGGAGAGCGGCGCUCACAGGUGUUUGGUGAAGCUGCUCCACAGCAGAGACAGCGGUGUGGUGCAGGGAGCUCUGCUGGCCCUCACUGCUGUCGCUCAGAGCUCAGAAUUCAAGAAGGAGAUGGGUGAGCUGCCGGUGGUGGAGACUCUUCUGGUGAUCCUGCAGGAGCACGACCUGCUGUCAAAAAAAAUGGGUGCUGAACUGCUGAGGCUCCUGUCGCCGGUGCCUCAGGUGAGGAUCCAGGUGAUGGAGCUGGGCGGGGUGCCGGUGCUGCUGAGCCUGCUGCACGGCCCGCACGUCAAGCUGCUGUGGACCGUCUCCUGGGUUCUGGUUCAGCUCUGUGAGGAUCCCGAAGCCAGGGUGGAGAUCCGGAGCUGGGGCGGGGUGCAGCAGCUCCUGCGGCUGCUCAGCAGUGACAGGCCGCACGUUUCUGAGCAGUGGAGCGUGAAGGAGGAGCCGAGGCCUCCGGAGGAGCCGGACAACAGCGCCGCCCUGAAGUCAGCCUGCUGCACGGCUCUGACUGAGAUGAGUCUGGACGACUCCUCGGCUCUCCACAUCGUUCAGGAAAAUGGCGUUUACAUCAUUGCAAAGUUGAUUUUACCAGAGGAGGGCGGAGCGGCGGCAGCUUCACUUCAGUGCUACGCUUUCCGGACUCUGCGCUUUCUGUUUAGCGUCGAACGAAACAGACCGCUCUUUAAAAGACUCUUUCCCACAGACCUCUUUGAGUUGUUUAUUGAUGUUGGACAUUACGCGCGGGACCUCGCGGCCUACGAGGAGCUGCAAACUGUGGUUUCACUUUACACUGAGGAGAAGCUGGAGGCUCUGAGAGAGGGCAUCAGGUCCGUGGAUCAGAGCCGGCCUCCCCUCAAAGUCAUCAGCGGUUACUCCAUUCUGGAGCAUCUGGGCACGGGGGCCUUUGGAAGUGUCUUUAAGGUCCAAAAGCAGAGUGGUCAGAACCUCCUGGCUUUGAAGGAAGUGAACCUGCACAACCCGGCGUUUGGUAAAGACAAGAGGUCCAGAGACAGUAACGUGGAGAAGAUCAUCUCUGAGCUCACCAUCAUCAAAGAACAGAUGACGCAUCCAAAUGUUGUCAAAUACUACAAAACGUUUCUAGACGGCGAGAAGCUCUACAUCGUGAUGGAGCUGAUCGAGGGAGUCCCUCUGGCCGAACACUUCACCUCCCUGAAGGAGAAGCAGCAGCGCUUCACCGAGGACAGGAUCUGGAACGUGUUCAUUCAGGUAUGUCUGGCUUUGCGGUACUUACAUAAGGAGAAGAGGAUCGUCCACCGGGACCUGACACCAAACAACAUCAUGCUGGGGGAGAAAGACAAAGUCACCAUCACUGACUUUGGUCUGGCCAAGCAGAAACAGGAGAACAGCAAGCUAACAUCUGUGGUCGGCACCAUCCUUUACUCCUGCCCGGAGGUGGUGAAAAAUGAGCCGUACGGAGAAAAAGCUGACAUCUGGGCCUUGGGCUGCAUCCUCUACCAGAUGGCCACUCUGAAGCCUCCGUUCUACAGCAGCAACAUGCUGUCUCUGGCCAGCAAGAUCGUGGAGGCUGAGUAUGAGCCUGUGGAGGAAGGAGUCUUCUCAGAGAGAGUCCCCCAGAUGAUCCGAUGGUGUUUGACCCCUGAUGCCGAGCAGCGACCGGAUGUCGUAGUCGUCAGCUCCAGGAUCUCAGACCUGAUGAUUAGGCUCAUGGAUGGACUCUACACUUCCCACAAUGCCUUAGAACGGAGAGCCGAGCGCGACAGGAAACGGGCACAGAAGUGUUUCAUGGGAAAGCAAGCAGGCGAGGCCGUUUGCUGUAACUCAUGCCAGGAAAACCCUCCAGUGAGAGCUGAUCCUCUGACUCACAGCUCGUCUGUAGCCUGCAGCUCCGUUCACGGCGAGCAGGAAGUAAAUCAAGAUUCGAGGUCCAGUUCUUGUGUCCCAGCUGACAAAAAUGUGGCUACGGUGGAUUUUUGUGCUUUAAAGUUCAAACCAAGGCCAGUGUCUGCAGGAAUCUGUGUGUCCCAGAAGAUGCUGCGACAGAUUCACGACCCCAUCCAGAAACUCCUGGUGCAGCUGCACAAAGUCAUCUUCAUCACUCAACUCCCGCCGUCUCUGUCUGCAGACGUCGAACGGCGCCUCGUUGAGAAGUUCAAAAAAUCUCUAUUCCAACUCGGCAGCGACCCCUACGACCUGAAGGUGGAGCUCAGCAAGCUCCUCCAGGCCUCCCCGGAGCUGAUAGAGAUCAAUGGAGCCACUUCAGGCUGGUGGUCCCUGCUGCACCCCCCCACACGAGACCCAGAAUCCCCUGACAGUCCAGCGGACAGGUACGUCACAGAUGGAGUCACAUACCAGCAGAUGCAGGGAAUUAUUGAGAAACUUUUGGAGCAGAACAACUACUACAGAUCAACACAAAGCAGCUGAGCUGCACAUGUGAAACGGAAACACAAAUAUGAGACAACGGGUUUGUUUUUGGUCUGAAUGAGUCAGUCAGGCUCAGGAUUUGAUUCAUCUACUUCACAUUCAGACUGAAUUCAUUUCAUUUAAACCAAUUCCUCCUUUAUAAAUGAAAAAAACAUUUUACAGAAACUGGAAGGUUUGAGUGAUCUAGCCUGUUAUUUGGAUAAAUAUGGUAUUUUCAGUGUAAAUGUUUCUCCAAAAAAAGUGUGAAUGCAAACAGUGAAGGUUACAUUUUAAGCAAUUUUGCCUGUUUUUUUUUUUUUUUUAAUUCCUGAUCAUUUUUCUGCUUUUAGUUUCAUAAUAAAUGAACUGGAAUUCUAAAACAUUCAAAAUGUUUUUUCUUUGUACAUGAGAACUAAAUAGGAAUGUAAUUAUUAACUUAAUAUAUUUUUGUUAAAAGUCCUGAUGACGAAUAAAAAUGUCACCCCUUUACUCCAAAAACCUCUGGUCUUUCUUAAAUUAAGGAAAUGUUACCUUAGAUUU